CACCACGCCAUGGAGAAGAUGGAGGAGUUUGUUCACAAGGUGUGGGAAGGCCGGUGGCGAGUCAUUCCUCAUGACGUGCUGCCUGAGUGGCUGAAGGAUAACGAGUAUCUCCGCCACGGGCACCGGCCGCCCAUGCCCUCCUUCAGGGCCUGCUUCAAGAGCAUCUUCAGGAUCCACACUGAGACUGGCAACAUCUGGACUCACCUGCUGGGCUGUCUGUUCUUCCUGUGCCUGGGCAUCAUGUAUAUGUUUCGUUCCAACAUGUACUUUGCUGCCCCGUUCCAGGAGAAGAUAGUGAUCGGUAUCUUCUUCAUCGGGGCCAUCCUGUGUCUGUCCUUCUCCUGGCUCUUCCACACCGUUUACUGCCACUCUGAGGGCGUCUCUCGUGUCUUCUCCAAACUGGACUACUCUGGCAUAGCCUUCCUGAUCAUGGGCUCCUUUGUUCCGUGGCUCUACUACUCGUUCUACUGCUCUCCCAACCCCAGGUUAAUCUACCUGGUAGUAGUCUGUAUACUAGAGUGUCUGCCAUCAUCGUCUCACAGUGUGACUUCUUCGCUAAGCCACAGUACCGCGGCGUCAGAGCAGGAGUGUUUGUAGGUCUGGGUCUGAGCGGUGUGGUCCCCACCCUGCACUUUGUCAUCACUGAGGGCUUGCUGAGAGCCACUACUAUGGGUCAGAUGGGCUGGCUCCUCCUCAUGGCUACGCUCUACAUCUCUGGAGCCUGUAUCUACGCAGCCCGCAUCC